AAGACAUCAUAGGUUAUUGAGUUUGUCAUUUAUAAGUUUUAACAACCACACAAGUUACAUUAAAAAUGUACUAAUUUUGUUAGUAAAUUGUCGAAUGUCAACAAAGACCAUGAAUUAACUGCAUUUUAUGAAAUGUUAACUACAUUUCAAUUACAUUUAAAUAACAAUAACUACGGCUUCGUUUUAAAUUUGUAAUAAAAUUAAUAAGUUCGAAAAGCAGAGGAAAGCCAUUUUAAUAGUUAAAAAGAAAACAAUAGCCACAGAUAUGAUCAUUUCUGAGAAAUACUCUAUAUAGUGAUGGAUUAAGGCUUGAUGCCGCCCUAGCCUCUGUUUAUCAGGCCUACAUUAAUUUCUCUAAUAAAAAAGUACUAUGAAAAAAAAGAUCUAUUGGACCAAACAGAAAAGAGCCUCCUCACGUCGAAAGAAGAGUGUAAACAGAUAUGUAUUGACUAUAGGAAAUCAAUGGAAACUUGUUCUAAAUUAGAAAAUGAUAUGCAGAUCUUGCAGAAUGUUAACAAAGGACUUGAAAGUAAAUGUUUUCAAGCAGAAAAUCAGUAUGCCGCUGCAACAUCCUUAACACAUCAACUCCAGAUGUUAGUAAAGGAACAAGAAACUCAAAUUGAAUCUUUAUCAAUAGAAAGCGGGUUACUGAAAUCAAAUUCAAAAGAACAUGAAAAAAAAAUUUCAACAUUACUGAAAGACAAUGAAGUGUUGUUAAAGCACAUGUGCCUGGCUAGGAAUAUUAUAUUAGGAAAAAAAAAACUAAAUAAAAAAAGUAAAUUGAUAUUAAAAACAUAUGAAAAACAUAAAUGCACUAGUGAACAUGAAUCUGAUGAUGAUGAUAGUGUUAUUGAUGAUUCAUAUGAUGAAGCUCCUUCAUCUCCGAUGGAUGCUGCAGAGAAUAUAGACCAUACAACCGAUGAAGUAAAUGCACUAAAAUCAGAAAGUAUUUCCGUGGCGAAAAAACUAUGUGUUCAACGUGACUUUCUUAUUGUGAAGAAUGAUACUACUGAAUGUAAUGAUGCUAUUAGUGUUGAUGCAGGACGCGGAUCAUCUCUUGCAUUUUCAGAUAGUGACAAGUGCUUUCACAGUCCUGAUUAUUAUAUGAAUGAUAGUCCUUUAAGUGAUGGAUCCAAUACAAACAAACAAACAAAGAGAUUGCAAAAUACAGCUUCAAGUCCUAUACAAUUUACAGAAUAUGUGGAAGCAUCAACUAGUCCUGUUGAAUUUGAGCAAUACCUGCAAACGACAAAUAAUGAUAGUAAGAGAAAAAAUCGAUCAAUAUUUGAUAGUCCUGAAAAACUCCGGCAUGCGGGUACAGAAGAUAAUUCCUUAAGUCCUGUCAUGUUCAGUAACCACAAAAACAUACAUGCUAGCGAAGGCCAUAUCGUGACCACGGAUGUUGCUACAAGCCCUAUAAAUCAUUUUAGUCGAGAUACUAUCUUACAAAUUCAACAUGAAGAUAAGGCUUUAAGCCCCAUAAAGCUUAAUAAUCACAAACAUGCAUCAACUAGUCCGGACCGAGUGAAAACAAUGAAUGUUAUGACUAGCCCUAUAAGACCCUAUAGUACCGACACUAAUGUAGAAUUAAUACAAGCAGAUAAGGCGUUAAGUCCUAUAUUGUUAACUGAACACAGAAAUGUUUCGACUAGCCCAAUCAGAAAGCAAACAGCGAAUGUUUAUACAAGCCCUAGAAAAUGUUUGAAUACCGAAACAAAUUUGGAAUUAGAAUAUUCAGAUAAAACAUUGAGUCCACUAACAAAAUGCAGUAAUUGUAAAAAUACACCUACUAGUCCAAAAUGUAUUCAGUCAAUAAAUGUAAGUAAUAAUCCUAUACAACUUUUAAGUAGUCAAACAGAUGCUGCAUUAGAACAGGCAAACAAAGAAAAAGAAUGUUUGGAGUUACACAACAGCACUAACAUUCAAGAUGAUAAUUGCAAUGAUAAUGAAAUUGAUAUGAUAUUACGUUCCAUGAGAAUGGACCACAAUCUCAUAACUCCUAUCCCAUUAACCCCAACAAAAUCACAAUCCACGAUCAAUCAUGUUUCUAAAGUUUCUCACAAGCAACUAUCAGUGAGCGUUUGUCAAGAUGCAGCUCUAGUGAGAGAGGAAAAUAAACAAUUACAAGCCAGUAUUGCCGAACUUGCAAAAGAAGUAAUGAGUAUCAAGUUGUUACUCAGGAAUCGACAGCUUCCAAAAAUACCUGAGAAACCUUCAGGGCUGGAAGAUUUAAAUGAAAUAAAUAUUGAAGCAAGUGAUUUAGUAAUUCUUAAUUCGCCACCGAAAACUGCAAUAAAUCCCAAAGAUAAAGAAUUUAAAAAAUCACAUAAUAAAACAAAUGAAUUGGACACAGACAAAAGUGAACAUUCUAUACAAGAAUGUGUUCAAAAUGUAACACAGAAAAAGAUACGAGAAAGUCUUGAAGUACGUCAGGUAAGCCCACGAGUUAUUCUUAAAUCGUCUGAUGUUUGUGUUGCCCAAAAUAAAAAUAUAAAUGAUUCUAAUGAUGUAGAAUCAACAUGUGUGCAUGAUCAGACUCCGUUAGUACAUAAUGGAGAACCAACGUGUCCUAUAUCUAAUCAAAAUCCCAGUAACAUACAGAAUAUCAUAGAUAAUAAUGUUGGGGUCAAUGUAACGGAACCUAUCUGUGAUUAUUUUGGAGAACCUUCCCCGAUAAAGGAAGGUCGUAAAGUAGUUAAAUCAAGAAAAAUGACAAAACUAGAUAAGCUUAAACAAAAAUUGUUGCCGAAAUGUAAGAUAAAAACUAAUGAGCCACUAGCUAAAAAAUUGCAACUUAAACCAUGUAAAGUACUGAUACCUAGAAUAAAAAGAAUAGUGACCGAUUUAGAUUCUUCAGCUACAUUGAAUAAUAAAGAUGUUUAUGAAAAAGCACUUAAAGCAAUGGCUGAAUUGAAAGCAAAAAAUCGCGCCACAGAACCAGUAGAAAAAAUUGAAAAUAGUAGUAAUAAUAAAGAUAUUCCAAAGACUAUACCACCGAAUGAAACAAGUACACUUCAAGAAAAUAAAAAACACAUAGAAGCAGAUAAUCAAUGUAGCGCUGAUAUCAACCUUGAUAAUAAUCUACCACAAUAUACCAAACCACAACUAAUCAUAACAAGAAGUCGUAGUAAAAGCUUUGGUACAACGGAAGAAGAAGUUUCUGUAAAAACUAAAUCUGCACAACAUGAAAAGAAUAACAGUAAAUUUCAAGAUGAUAAAAAUGAAAAUGAAGAAAAUUGUGUUUUAUCUAAUUUAUGUAGAAAGCGGACAAGGCAAAAUUCUGAUGAGAAAUCAAAUACUGAACCUGUACCAUGCAAACGUGUGUUACGUAGUUCAGCUAGUAACAUAAAAUUAUUCCAAAAACAAUCUGAUAUUUCAAAUGCCUCUGAAAGUAUUAAGCAAGUACAUAGUGUAGAGUUAAUAGAAAAAGAAAUAGUAAAAGAAUCUUUUGUUACGAGUCCUCAAUCUCACAAAAGUGUAAAUAAGGCGGUGUCAAGUUUUAGUUCAGAAACAGAAGACAUGACAAAGGAUGUAGAAGAGUGCAAUGAACCAAGUCCUAAAGAAAGCAUACUGUGUAAAAUGAUACAAAAAUAUGGAGUUAAGUCUGUUAGAUAUUGCGCUAAGAAAAUACCAGAAUCUGUUUCUGAUCCGAUUGUUAAAAAGAUUGAAGAGGGAAUAGCAAAAAUAUCGGAGCUUCCUGCAAAUGAAACAAAGAAAGCAAUGGAUAAAUUAGUUGCGGAUUUGAAAAAAAAUGACACAAAACAUUUGAUAUCAGCAUUAAUUAAAUAUUUAAAGAAUCCUGAUCGUAAGACUGAGCUGUUCAAAACAGUAAAUUCUCCACCAGCACCACCUAUGACCCAAUCAGAACAAGUGCUACUUUAUAUCAUCUCACAAUUGAACAUGAGCUAUUCAUCAACAGACAUAGUAGAGGACCUUCUGAAAAAUAUAGAAUUCACGUUAUUCGCUUUAAAUCGUACCCCAGAAUUUGUGGUUAUAGAAAGUAUGGCACAUUUCUAUGCAGUGCUUUGUCGAUACUUCAAAUUCAAAAGCAGACUGAGGGUCUUUAUAAUGGAUGCUAUGUAUUGUAUGCAAUUUAAGGCUGUACCAUUAAUUAAACAGUGUCUUGAUGUUUGGAUGCUCAUUUUACCGUUAGCUCAUAUGGGAAUUGCAAAAAGUCCAUUGGUCACUUGUUUGGUGUACUUGCUGCACUUCUAUAAAUGUGAAGACAAAUUUAAUAGAGUUCAAGAAAUUAGGAGUAUUCUACAUAGAAAAUAUUUUUAUCAAGUAACAGAAUGGAAUGAGCCAAAAAUAAUGGAAAUGUUGAAGAGUUCAAUAAUGGAAAUAAGAACUCUAAGUAUUGAAAAGAAAAUGCUGCGAAUGGCAAUUAUAAUUUUCGCUAAAAGACAUGGAACAAAGUGGUGUCAAAAAAACAUAAUUAACAAAAUAUUACUGCCCAUCAUAGAAAGAGAAAAUGUUCCUAGUAGAGUGAAAGAAUUCUGCUUGUCAAUGUUGGGGCCUUUAAUGAAGCCAUAUCCUGCAGAUAUGAAGGUGCACUGUGAAGUUGUUAUGAAUCAACUUAUUGAUAUGUUCCAACAAAAUACAUCACAACAAUUAAAAGAAGCAAUUGUCAAAAGUUUAUUGUAUAUGGACAGACAUAAUCAGUGUCGUGUUAUCAAAGUUCUAAUUGAUUGGAGACCAAAAACUAUUUCACCCGAACUAGAAGAUGCUUUGCGAGACUUUGUCAAGUCGAAACCUUUAAGAACAUGGAAAAUUACAUUAGCCAAAAUUAGAUAGUAGAAAAAUAUACUGUUUUGAAAAUAGUGUGUGAGUAGUAGUUUAAUUGGCUAUUUUAUUACAUUUGACCGUAAAUAUAUCUCUUGUAUAAAUUGUGUUGUCAGUUGUAAUGUUGAUAAUGUUUCACAGUUUUAUAGUGGAAUGUGAUCUUAUUACUAAGUUAUAUAUACUGUACAGAACUGUGAGGUUAAUUUUAUUUAAGUAAAUCUAUUUAGGCUAAGGCCCAUAACUCAAGUUUGCAUUUAAAUAAACUACAAUAAUAUAUACUUUUGGUUAAAUUUUCAAAAUCAACAUUAUAGUUAUUGUGUUUGUUUAUCCACUUAACAAGAAUUUUAUGGAGGCCUAUCAAUUUAUGAUUGAAUACUGUGAUUGUAGUUUUCUGUUUAAGUUCAGAGUAGGUUUAAGAUGAUGAAAAUAAAACAUUUCAUAAAUA